AUGUGCUUCCAUCCCAUAAGACAUGAAUCAGUCAAACAUGAUGAGGCAGAAGACCUCCGGCAUGAGUCCAGAGGCACGAGUCUUUCAAUUUCCACCAAAGCAAUCAAGAACGAUGCGAGACAAGACAUCCACAGAAAUUUCGCUGCAGAGGCACCUUUCAAGAGGGAAACGCAGAGACCCAAGAAUCCGUUCUGGGAGACAGAUGUCGACGGCAUUGCGAAACGCGUCGAGAGCAGCUCGAAGAAAAAGGCUGAAUGGCUGUAUGUUGCAGCUUUAAGCAUUUUGGCGCUGUUUCCAAUCAACUCAUUGAGUCUAUUGAAGGGCCAAUGGCCUCAGCUGUCAGUGACUUCUCUGUGGUGUGCUCAUAAAAUUGGUCAAACGCCUUUGACCCGACGAUCUUUGUACCUGGCGCAGCUGCCUAAUACAAGAAAGAAGCCUUUGCUUCCUAUCAGACUGGAGCACGACCACGAAAUCCACAUCAUGAAUCCGUCAGCCAACUUUGGUGAUGCGGACAUCGUCAUCAGCCGGGGUGGGUUGCAAGACCUUUUUGAUUUUGCCAGAGGCAAAAGCCAAAAGUCCUUUAGGGUCGAGUUUGACUUGGUCAACACCACGCUCUUCAUCGCUUGGCGCAAGGAGAACAAUUCCUUCAGAAUGUACGACGCGGGUCUGGAGAGUUCCGUCUCACAUCAGAGAGUUAUCCAGUACAAUAUCGGCGAGAUGAAGUGCCUAGUGCGUCAUGAGGUCGAUGGUGCUCACUAUGGGCCGGAGGAGAAUGCAACAGAAAAUGAUGCCGACGUUGAAGCACCACCCAGCGUCAUACAAAGUACCCCCCAGAAGAACACUCUUAACGGGAAAGCCGGGAUCAGCAGCGAAAGACGAGCUACUCACAGGGGCCAAGAAACUUCCCCCUCCGUGAUAAUGGAGCUCAAGGCCCGGCCAAGAAUGGAAGCAUGGGACACAAUGAACCAGAUGUACUUUGGAAGAACGCCCCACCUCGUCAUAGGCCAACACGAAAAGGGGGAGUUUACCGGCGUUCGGAUGGAAGACUGCGAGCCGCUGAUGGAGAAAUGGGAAUGGGAGAACCACGUAGCCCUGACAAAGCUGGCUUCCCUCCUCGGGCUGUUGCGUGAGAACACAAAGAGGUCCAGAGCACAAGGCAGCAACCGCCUAUCCUCCGGAGUUCGAGAAGAUAUUUUGGACCCCUGA